AUGGGGCUGGCAGCCCUGGUGAAGCGCCCUUCUACGGAUCUCCUGAGCCUACCGAGCUCCGCAGGCUCAGGGACUCAGGGAAUCUGGCCGGCAGUCCGCCGCCCGCUGCCUCCUCCUUGCGCCAGCCCAGCCUCGCCCGCCGCCACUAUGAGCCAGGCCUACUCUUCCAGCCAGCGCGUGUCCUCCUACCGCCGCACCUUCGGCGGGGCCCCGGGCUUCUCGCUUGGCUCCCCCCGCCUCAAGGGCCGAGAGCCCACGCGCCUCGCCGAGCUCUACGAGGAGGAGAUGCGCGAGCUGCGGCGCCAGGUGGAGGUGCUCACCAACCAGCGCGCCCGCGUGGACGUGGAACGCGACAACCUGAUCGACGAACUGCAGCGGCUCAAGGCCAAGUUGCAAGAAGAGAUUCAGCUCAAAGAAGAAGCAGAGAACAAUUUGGCUGCCUUCCGAGCGGACGUAGAUGCAGCCACCCUAGCUCGUAUUGACCUGGAGCGCAGAAUCGAAUCUCUCAACGAGGAAAUAGCGUUCCUUAAGAAAGUGCACGAAGAGGAGAUCCGUGAGCUGCAUGCCCAGCUUCAGGAACAGCAAAUCCAGGUGGAGAUGGACACAUCCAAGCCAGACCUUACAGCCGCCCUCAGAGACAUCCGGGCUCAGUAUGAGACCAUCGCAGCUAAGAACAUCUCUGAAGCUGAGGAGUGGUACAAGUCCAAGGUAUCUGACCUGACCCAGGCUGCCAACAAGAACAACGACGCACUGCGCCAGGCCAAGCAGGAGAUGAUGGAAUACCGACACCAGAUCCAGUCCUACACAUGCGAGAUUGACGCCCUCAAGGGCACUAACGAUUCCCUAAUGAGGCAGAUGCGAGAGCUGGAGGACCGCUAUGCCAGUGAGGCCAGCGGCUACCAGGACAGCAUCGCACGCCUGGAGGAGGAGAUCCGGCACCUCAAGGACGAGAUGGCCCGACACCUGCGCGAGUACCAGGACCUGCUCAAUGUGAAGAUGGCCUUGGAUGUGGAGAUCGCCACCUACCGGAAGCUGCUGGAGGGCGAGGAGAGUCGGAUUAACCUUCCUAUCCAGACCUACUCUGCUCUCAACUUCCGAGAAACCAGCCCAGAGCAAAGGGGCUCUGAGGUCCACACCAAGAAGACAGUGAUGAUCAAGACCAUUGAGACCCGGGAUGGGGAGGUCGUCAGUGAAGCCACACAGCAGCAACAUGAGGUGCUGUAGAUCUAGAGGGCCUCAGACACAGUCCUGGCCCCAUCCUCA